AUGUCAGGCUUUGGUGACGGCCAACGAGACUGGCAUCACUUCCCGGGACCAGCAAAAGGCUUUGUCCUGGUUCGACAAAGAGUUCCUUGCACCGCUGGAGGAAUCGCUUGCCUCCUUUCUGGGGCAACGACACAUGCCUUGCUCAGCUUCCGACGACGGCAUCUCUUCAAAGAAUCGCGCAAGCAUCCUCUACCGUGGGGCGGUGAGACGCCUCUUCCACGAAGCAAGCAUCAAGCUGGCCGAGAAGGUGUCCGAAGAUGCCCAGGACCUGAACAACAUGCUCCUGCGGGCAUUCUACCCGACGUCGGGGCCUGA